AUGGGCGAUGCCGAGCACCCAGUGACGGCCUCGGAGCCUCUCUUUGUCCGCGCCCUCUACAGCUACAACGGCGCCGACUCGUCGUCCCUCUCCUUCGGACAAGGCGACAUCAUCGAGGUCCUCUCGACCCUCGAGAGUGGCUGGUGGGAUGGCGUUGUGCUCCAGUCGGGUGUCAGAGGAUGGUUCCCGUCCAACUUUGUCGAGGAGCUGAGCGAGGACGAAGCGAUGUGGGUGGCGAACGGUGGUGAGGACACUCGGCGCGGCAGCAUUGCGAGCCAGAUGUCUCGCCGGGACAGCGAGCGAGGCGACUUCUCGAGCGGUACCCUGUCUGCGUUCGCCGGCAUGGACCUCAACGGCGGUCUCGCUCGCGACCCGACACUGCAGGACUUUAUGAGCGGCGGCGAGUUCGACUUGUCGUCUUUCUCUACCGGCGGCGACAUCUUCGGCGAGAUUGCGGCUGCGACGAGCGCCGUACCGUCUUCAGCCACGUCUUCGGCCCCCAUGUCCCGACAGCAGUCUUCCGCCAGCCGAACCGGCCCUCUUCAUGCCAGCACACUCAGCAUCGAUUCCUCCACUGGCGACGACUACUGGAUCCCAAAGAUGGGUCGGAGCGGUCAGCUCUUCUACUACAACACCCAGACGGGCGAGACGUCGCGCGACAUGCCCAUCAACGGCAAGGGCGACGGGACGCGGAUCGACCCGAGCGAGUUCGGGCAGGAAGAGGCUGGACCGUCGAACGGCGGCUUCGUCGACCUCUGCAGGCCUAGCACCGACAGCGAAUGGAGCGAGCGGAUGACGGAGGACGGGCGAGGAGUCUACUACGUCAACUUGCGAACGGGCGAGCAGAGUUGGGAUCCGCCGACCUCGUCUUCGCGGAGAACGAGCAUUCGGCCUCGCGCACCAGCUGCCGACGCUGCAUCGCUCCUGUCAAGCUGGACGGAGCGACCAGCUCAUCCUACGCCCGCCGACUUGGCCGCAGCGGAACACGCAGGAGCCGACACCUCGAAGCGGGUCAGCGCAGCGUCUGACGAUUCGGCCCUCGACGCGACGUUCGCGAACUCGGCGAGACGGGAGCGGAGAGCGAGCGACGAUGCAGAUGGCGAAGAUGCGAUGCGUCCGGGCCGAACACCUCGCAAGGCGUCGGCUGCGACGACAGAACUGCUUGGACCGCCUCCGCCGCCGCUCGUCAACGAUUUGGAGGAGAUGGCGAGUCGUGCGCUGCAGGAGCUCGUUGCAUUCGUCGCCUUGGGUGGAGUUGCGAACGGUUCAAGCUUGCGGAAUCCGGCGGAGCAGCGAGAUCAGCUCGUCCAAGCGGGCGACGAUGUGGUCCACGCGAUCCGCGUCGUGCUACAUGCGACAGGUGCACUCGAGCACUCCGUCUUGACCUCGCCCUUCGCCUCGACCGCCUCUCCCGUCAACGAGAUUGCCUCCACCCUUCCCCCUCGACCGCCUCUUCCGCCUUCCGCCCAGGCCGAACUCCGCCCAUACUCCCGUCGCCUCAUCUCUACCCUCUCGAAACUCUCCUUCUCCCUUCGAGCGAUGUGGGGCCUGCUCGAAACGACGGCCGAGGACCAGUUCGUUCCGGAGGACGACAGUCCCGCUGAUCCUGAGGAGGUCCUUCGUCGCGCCCAAGCCCGUCAACAAGCGCUCACGGACCGACGCGUUGCUCGCGACGCCCGCUUCGAGCACGAGACGAAGCUGCGCACGGAAAUCCUGCAAGGCGCGCAAGACGUCGGCGGACAAGUCUCGAACUUCCUGCGCGCUUUCCAGAGCAUCCUCCUCUCGCUCGUCGCCGCCGGCGUCUUCCCGCCUGCACCGCUCGCCGAACUUCGUGCCCCGAAGUCGCUGCAAGGCAGCCUCCGUACCGAAGCAACGGCGCUCCUCCUGCCUGGCGGUGGCUUCGGCGGCAAUUGGCGCGGCAAUGGCUUCGUCUCGCUGCCGACCGCGCGCGAGGCUCACACUUUGCAUUCAGCCCCAGCGCUCGCCUACGACUGGCCGGCGAGGCCAAUCUCGCACGACGUCGUGGACGAGUUUGCGAGGGAGUCAGGCCGACUGGUCGACCAGGCGCAGACGCUGGCAUCGAUGUCUGGCGGGACGCGAGCAUACGAGCAAGCUGCAGCGAUGCAGCGGGCGCUUGCCGAGCUCCUCGUUCGUGUCGAGGACAUCGACGUCGCCGCGGGUGUCGACUCGCAGAUGCCUCGAGCGGACGACUCGCGGCCAAACUCGACGGACAGCGUCUCCGACUCGCUCGCGGGGUACAGCGCAAGCGUCAGCGAGGCCAGGUCGUUGCUUGCCGACUUCGAGACGCGUAAGCAAGCCCUGUACGACGUUGCGCCUCGCCUCCUUGUCGCUCUGCAGCCAAGCGGGCCCGGUCGGUCUCGCACGUGUCCCGUCACGGCGUCUCAACCGCUCGUCAACGCUCCUCUCGCCGGCAUGUCCCUCCCGACACUCGCGGCGCUGGCCUCUCCCUCCGCACAGCUCUCCGCCCUCGCCGGCGACGUCCCUCACCUCGUCUCCUCUCUGUGCGACACGCUUCACGCUCUCGCCGAUACAGCCGCAGAGCAGGCAAAGGCGCCCAAGCACGUGAGACAGGCAUCACGUUCGUACCGCGACAGCGCUCUCGGCACUUCGACCGCCGAAUCCCUCACCUCUGGUUCUGCGGCCCGCUUCAGCCAGGGCCAGCAGUCGACCGUGCCGAGCAGCGUUCCGUCCGUCCGCGAUAGCGUCGACAGCGACUUCUUCUUCUCCGGUCAGGCCGUUCCCUCGCAUCCAGGAGAUUCGCCUCGAGCCUCUCUCGCGCCCUCCUCAUCCGACAAGGGCACCAUCCGCUCUCAGACGUCCAUCAAUGGUGUAGGCUCGGUACGAGGCAGCAUCCCGCUCGCAUCUCGGUCGUCGGUCUCGAAUAACUCGAGCGUCGAGGUGCUGGACACGCCGUCUGGCUUGCCGCCCGGUUGGGAUGGUCGUCGGCGCGGCAGCGUCGCUACGACGAUGACUUCGUCGAGCGGGGGAGGCAUGGCGGGACAAAGCUUGCCGAGUCUCGUGGAGGGACCGUCCGACCCGCACUUCUCGCCGUCGCGCGGCAGCGCCAAGAACAUCCAGAAGCUCCUUGGUGAACUCCCGCCAGAGCUCAUGCAGCAGCAGCCAGAGCCGUCGCGGCCGUGGUAUCUCGAGCGGGAUUGGAACGACGAGGACCUAUCGUUCACGAUGGAGAACACCAUCAAGGGUGGGACUUUGCGCGGACUCGUCAUUGCGGCGACGAGUCACGAGGGUCGAGUCGAUUCGUCGUAUCUGUCGGCCUUCCUCAUGACCUACCGGACCUUCUGCUCGGCUCACGAGUUGCUCGACCACCUCGUCGAGCGCUACCUCAUGCCUACACCGCAAGGCCUGUCGCCCGAGGAGUACCACGACUGGGAGGCCAAGAAGCAGCGGCCUGUACGCGCUCGCGUCACGAACCUGCUCAAGGCAUGGGUCCGCGAGUACAUGGACAACGAGGACCUCGACCGCGACGUGCUCGAGCGGAUCCGCGACUUUGCCCUUAACACGAUGGCCGAAAAGGGCCAGUCCCUCCAGAUCUGCAAGAGCGUUGACGAGAAGCUCCAAGGUGCUUCCCGUCGACCCGUUGGCAACCUCGCUCCCGGCCCUCUGCCGCAGCCGAUCGUGCCGCGCAACCUCAAGAAGAUCAAGCUCGUCGACAUCGAGCCGCUCGAGCUCGCUCGCCAGCUCACGAUCAUGGACGGCCGGCUCUUCCAGCGCAUCACGCCGCAGGAGUGCCUCAGCAAGGCUUGGCCGAAGCAGUUCGGCAGCGAGGCGCCGAACAUCUCGGCGAUGAUUGACAUGUCAAAUGCGGUCACACGCUGGGUCACCGAGUCGAUUCUCGCACAGGAGGACCUCAAGAAGCGAGCUGCGGUCGUCAAACAUUUUGUUGCGAUUGCCGAGCGGUGUCUCGCCCUCAACAACUUCUCGACGCUUAUCCACAUUAUCGCCGGCCUCAACUCGACGCCGAUCCACCGCCUCCGCAGGACGUGGGAGGUCGUCAGCCAGAAGACGAUGAUCACGCUCGGCAUGCUCAACCGCCUCAUGAAGCCGGACAAGAACUACAAGGAAUACCGCGACAUUCUUCGCAAGUCGGCGCCGCCUUGCGUGCCUUUCCUCGGCGUCUACCUCACCGACUGGACCUUCAUCGGCGACGGCAACCCCGACACGAUCCGCGAGAAGCCUCACCAGAUCAACUUCCAGAAGCGACAGAAGGCGUCGGAGCUCAUCCUCAUGAUCAAGCUCCACCAGGCGACGACGUACAACCUGCAAGCCGUACCCGCCAUCGCCAAACUCCUCCAGGACGCGCUUUUCCCGCAGUUCCUUGACCCGGCGAAUGAGGAUCAGCGGCUGUACGAGAUCUCGCUCGCGCUCGAGCCGCGAGAACGGGACGAUGAGAAGAUCGCCAGGCUGCUCAGCGAAUCGGGAUUCCUCUAA